AUGGCGGCUUCUAUCAUUUCCCUGUCGGUGCUGGCACUGUUGACGAUCCACUGUUCCUUCGUGAACAGUUCGCCGAUUAGUUCAGUACAUCAAGUCAAUGAGAAGCUUUUCUCAGCCAACGCAGCCGAAACGGUCAGCCGGCUGCAUCGGUUGCAGCAGAACAAAAAUGUAGCCAAAAACGUGAUCCUAUUUCUCGGCGAUGGGAUGUCCAUCUCGACCGUUGCUAUGGCACGUGUGUACGCUGGCGGAGUGGAAAAGCAGUUGGCCUUCGAACGGUUUCCGUACAUUGGUAUGUCGAAGACCUACAAUGUCGACUAUCAGGUUCCGGAUUCGGCCGGUACUGUGACCGCCUACCUGACGGGAGUGAAAGGUAACUACGGAACGAUCGGUGUUAAUGCGCAGGUUAAGGCAUUUGAUUGCCAGGCGGAACUGGACAAUCGAACGCAUACCCAUUCGAUCGCUAAAUGGGCGAUGGACGCCGGUAAGGACGCUGGUUUUGUGACGACCACCCGAGUAACGCAUGCUUCGCCGGCUGGCGUUUAUGCGCACACGGCCAAUCGUGAUCGGGAGAAUGACAACGAGGUGUCGAAGGAUGGCUGCGACAAGGAUUUGGUGCAGGAUAUUGCUCACCAGUUGGUGCACGGGGAUACGGGAAAGCGAUUGAAGGUUAUUAUGGGUGGCGGACGGCGGGAAUUUCUGCACAAGGAUUUAGAUCCGGAAACGGAAAAGACGGGUAAGCGAAAGGAUAAGCGGAAUCUAAUCGACGAAUGGUUGAAUCUUGCGGGUGAAGGUGAAAAUCGGACCUACGUUUGGAACCGGGACGAUCUGAUGGCUGUUGAUCCGAAGGCUACCGAUCGGUUGAUGGGUUUGUUCGAACCAAGCCAUUGCGUGUACAAUUUGAACCGAAUAAGGGACAACCUGCACCAGGAACCAACGCUCGCUGAAAUGGUCGAUAAAGCCACCGACGUCUUAAGGAAGAAUGAAAAUGGGUUCUUUCUCUUUGUGGAAGGAGGUCUAAUCGAUCGGGGACAUCACGACACCUGGGCUAGGAUGGCUUUGGACGAAACGGUCGAAUUUUCGAAAGCCAUCCAGUUGGCUCGGGAAAAGUUUCCCGAGGAGGAUACGCUGAUUGUAGUGACGUCCGAUCACUCGCACGCCGUGAGCUUUGCUGGUUUUCCGGGUCGAACCGAUGACAUUUUCGGCAGUGCGGGAACAGCUGAUGACCAACUCCCUUACAUGACGAUUAGCUAUGGAAAUGGAUUGGGAUUCUACGACCACGUCGAUGCUGGAGUUAGUCGGGGUAGAGUCGAUAUUCGCCGCUUGGACACAACUCAGAAUGAGUUUCGGUUUCCGGCCACACUGCCGCUAGAGUCGGAAACACACGGAGGUGAGGAUGUGGCCGUGUACGCUUCCGGACCGUGGUCUCAUCUGUUCACCGGUAGUUACGAGCAAAAUACGAUUCCCCACAUGAUGGCUUAUGCGCUAUGCGUGGGGGAUGGGUUGACUGCUUGUAAGUAG